GCCGAGCGGCAGCAAUGGCGGCGCGGGGCCGCCGCCCGCCCGGCCGGCCGCGGCUCUAGGAGGGGACGCCGCUCUCCGCCGGGGUAUUUAUUGCUCCCCUCUCGCUUAAGUUGCCAGCGGAGCGCGCUGGCCGGAGCCUGCCCCCCCCCGCGCCGCGGAGGUGCGGGGCGGCCAUGGAGAGCCCCGCCGAGAACCCCAGCAAGGCGGCCGAGUACCUGAAGGAGCUGAACAAGAUUAUCGAGACGCAGCAGGAGCUGCUGGAGAAGCAGAAGCGGAGGAUAGACGAGCUGGAGCAGCAAGUGGCCAAGUUGUACCACGAAAACGCCUGCCUGCAGGACGAGCAUCACCGGCACCUGGCCACAUGCCGGCUCCAGCAGGGCGUCCCCCCCGCGCCCCCGGGGGUGCUGAGCGCCAUCCAGGAGAACGCCAGGCACGAGAAGUCUGAAGGUGACAGCUCAAGAAGCCUCAGGUCUUUAAAUACUCUGCACCAGUUUUGCUGUCCAGCUCCAUUGUACCAUUCCCAGCUAGCUGUCCCUGCCACACACUCAGAGUACAGGACGUCACUGGAAACGGGAAGCAGCGUCUCCACUGACCCACUCAGCGUUGAGGGGGAGGCUCCCAGCAGCGAGACCGGCACGUCCCUGGAUAGCCCGUCCGGGUACCCGCAGGGCCCUAUAACGCACAGCUCGGCGCUGAGCCCCGAGCACUACGAGCACCCCUACGGGCUCUACUCCAUCGCGCCGGGCCAGCAGCGAGCCCGCCGGCCCAAGCUCCAGCACUCCACCUCCAUCCUGCGCAAACAGGCCGAGGAGGAGGCCAUCAAACGCUCCAGAUCGCUGUCGGAGAGCUAUGAACUCUCUUCAGACCUACAGGAUAAGCAGGUGGAGAUGCUAGAACGGAAGUAUGGGGGCCGUCUGAUCACCAGACAUGCUGCCCGCACCAUCCAGACCGCCUUCCGCCAGUAUCAGAUGAACAAGAACUUCGAGCGCCUGCGCAGUUCUAUGUCCGAGAAUCGCAUGUCAAGGCGCAUCGUCCUGUCCAAUAUGAGAAUGCAGUUUUCCUUUGAAGGGCCUGAGAAAGUCCACAGCUCCUACUUCGAAGGGAAGCAAGUGUCUGUUACAAACGAUGGGUCAAAGCUGGGCUCCCUGGUGCCGUCGGAGUGCGAUGAGCUCGCGGAGACGGCUACCAUGAAGUCCCCGGCAGCAUCCACUGAUUUCACCGAUGCCAUAACAGAACUGGAGGAUGCUUUUUCCAGGCAGGUGAAAUCCCUGGCGGAGUCCAUCGACGACGCGCUCAACUGCCGCAGCCUGCAUUCGGAUGAGAUCCAGAGUGCGGAGCAGGUCAGGGGCCGGGAAAUGGAGAGGGAGAGCUGUGCCCCGAGCAAACCGGCCAUCCACAAUGUGGAUCACAGGAAGCUGGACGAGAUGACGGCGUCCUACAGCGAUGUCACGUUGUACAUCGACGAGGAGGAGCUGUCCCCGCCCCUGCCGCUCUCCCAGUCCGUGGACAGACCGUCCAGCACGGAGUCGGACCUGAGGCUCCGCUCCGUGAACUCUUCCCAGGAGUACUGGUCCAUGACCCACAAGGAUGAUAAGAUAGACACUGAUACGAGCUGCAGGAGUACCCCAUCACUGGAAUGUCAGGAGCAGAGGAUGAGGAUGGAUCACCUCCCUCUGCUCACCAUCGAGCCUCCCAGUGACAGUUCGGUGGACUUGAGCGAUCGCUCGGAGAGGGGCUCACUAAAGAGACAGAACGCGUAUGACCGAGGCAUCACCAGCCAGCAGGGCAGCCCGAAACAUAUCCCUCACAGCAUUCCUGCCAAGAUCAUCACCCGGGAGGAGCAGGAGGCCAGGCACAGGCCUAGGCCCAUAGACAGUCACUUGGCCAUCAAUGGCACAGCAAACAGGCAAAGCAAGUCGGAGUCUGAUUAUUCUGAUGGAGACAACGACAGCAUCAACAGCACUUCCAACUCCAAUGAUACAAUAAACUGCAGCUCAGAAUCCUCUUCUAGGGACAGCCUAAGGGAGCAAACCUUGAGCAAACAAACCUACCACAAAGAGACUCGCAACAGCUGGGAUUCCCCUGCCUUCAGUAACGAUGUUAUCAGGAAACGCCAUUAUAGGAUUGGGCUGAAUCUUUUUAACAAAAAGCCUGAGAAGGGAGUGCAGUACCUGAUUGAGCGGGGCUUUGUGCCGGACACCCCCGUGGGGGUUGCCCAUUUCCUGCUGCAGAGGAAGGGGCUCAGCCGGCAGAUGAUCGGGGAGUUCCUGGGCAAUCGGCAGAAGCAGUUCAACAGGGACGUGCUCGACUGUGUGGUGGAUGAGAUGGACUUCUCCACAAUGGAGCUGGAUGAAGCACUCAGGAAAUUUCAGGCCCACAUCCGUGUCCAAGGAGAAGCCCAGAAGGUGGAGCGGCUCAUUGAAGCUUUCAGCCAGCGUUACUGCAUCUGCAACCCGGGCGUGGUGCGGCAGUUCCGCAACCCCGACACCAUCUUCAUCCUGGCCUUCGCCAUCAUCCUCCUCAACACCGACAUGUACAGCCCCAACGUCAAACCCGAGCGCAAGAUGAAGCUGGAGGACUUCAUCAAGAACCUCAGGGGGGUGGAUGAUGGUGAGGACAUCCCGCGGGAGAUGCUGAUCGGGAUCUACGAGCGCAUCCGCAAGCGCGAGCUGAAGACCAACGAGGACCACGUGUCCCAGGUGCAGAAGGUGGAGAAGCUCAUCGUGGGCAAGAAACCGAUCGGAUCUCUGCACCAUGGACUUGGUUGUGUGCUCUCUCUCCCCCACCGGAGGCUUGUUUGCUACUGUAGGCUGUUUGAAGUUCCAGAUCCCAAUAAACCUCAGAAGCUUGGAUUGCACCAACGAGAAAUCUUUUUAUUUAAUGAUCUUCUAGUGGUGACCAAGAUUUUUCAGAAGAAGAAGAACUCUGUCACAUACAGUUUUCGACAGUCCUUUUCCCUCUAUGGAAUGCAAGUUCUUCUCUUUGAGAACCAGUAUUAUCCCAAUGGCAUUCGGCUCACGUCAGCUGUUCCAGGAGCAGAUAUCAAAGUGCUCAUAAAUUUCAAUGCACCAAAUCCUCAGGACAGGAAGAAGUUUACAGAUGAUUUGAGGGAAUCAAUUGCAGAAGUUCAAGAAAUGGAAAAGCACAGAAUAGAGUCCGAGCUGGAGAAGCAGAAGGGGGUGGUCCGGCCCAGCAUGUCGCAGUGCUCCAGCCUGAAGAAGGACUCGGGGAACGGGACGCUGCCGCGGCCGUGCCUGGAUGACAGCUACGCGGGCGGCGAGGGGCUCAAGCGGAGCGCGCUCAGCUCCUCCCUGCGGGACCUGUCCGAAGCAGGCAAGCGUGGGCGACGCAGCAGUGCAGGAUCGCUAGACAGCAAUAUGGAAGGGUCCAUCAUUAGCAGUCCUCACAUGCGCCGAAGAGCGACAUCAACCCGAGAGUGUCCAUCUCGCCCUCACCAGACUAUGCCCAACUCCUCCUCACUCCUAGGGUCCCUGUUCGGUGGCAAGAGGGGCAAGGCCCCCUCGCAGAGCCACGCGGAGGCCGCGGCGGCGCCGCACCCGCACCACGGCCCGUACUGCCACCAGAACCCGCCGCCCUACCACCACCACCACCACUACCACCCGCCCCCGCACCCGCACCCGCACCCGCACCCCUACCACGGCCACGGCCACGGCCACGGCCACGGCGCCUUCGUGCCGCACCACGCCGCGCACCACGCCCCGCACCACCACGCGCCGCCGCCGCCGCCCGCCGGCACCAAGCCCAAACACAGCGGCAUCAGCACCAUAGUCUAGGCCUGCACGCCCUCCUCGGCGCUGCUCUGGUUUUAAACCCGGCUGCAGAGGCACCUGCGGGAAGCAACAA